CAAUAUAAAUUUUAAGAACUACGAAAUGAAGUAUAUUUUUGUGGUGUUAAUUAUUUUGAUUAUAGGAAUUAGCUAUAUAAACGCCCAAAGUGGAACUUCUACUGCUCCUGCUACUGCUUCUACUGGAACAACUGGAACAGCAGCAACAGGCGGCACUAGACGACGAGUUUAUGUUACAAACUUACAAUACACAGCAGUUCGUCGCUUAAGGCGAAAUGGCGGAAGUUCGUCGUCAACGAACACUGGCACAACAAGUUCACGUAGACGUAGACGUAGGCGUAGAAAUCAGCCUGCUAAAGUAGUGAUUGGCUAAAACUUUUAUUUUGAAACUGCUAAGAAUAAGAUUCAAUUUAAUACAAGUUAAAUAAUAAAAUUUUUACUGAUUACUGUUAUAUAAUACAAGAACUAUACGCUCGACUAUUAAAAUGUCCUUUGUGAGGCGCACAAAUUAAAAAUUCUCUGUCUAAUAACUUCAAAACGAUAUGCAGACUUAACAUUCCAAACUGAAUUGAAAAUUAAACGUUGAAGAACUUCAUCUAUAUAUCUAUAUAGUAACUUCAAUUAUUUUAUAUAUGACUGUUCUAAAUUGUUUUGACCAGAUAAGUCAG